UGACAGUUGCACAAUCACCUUGCGAAAGCGAUGUUUUGAUUGAACUUUGAUUUUUAAAUUAUGUCCCUAAUUAACUUGUCCACUACAGUGUUAGUGACAAGUCACUUAGAUACUCUACUUAUCCAAUUUGUUUAUACAAUAAUUUGAAUAAUUGGGUGCAAUUCAUGACAUAACCUUAAAGUUAGAAACAUCCUAUUAUAAUUUUAUGUAAGUUACAUACAAUAAUCUGUAUCGGAAGCUAUUGAAAAUGGAAAACGAAGUGAAAACCGUUAUACGUGUCGGUUCAAGGAAAAGCGAGCUGGCGCUCAUACAAACAAACUUUGUAAUAGACAGCUUGAAGAAAAUACAUCCCGAGAAAGAGUUUACUAUUGUAACCAUGACAACCCUAGGAGACCGCAUUCUAGACGUGUCCCUGCCGAAGAUCGGCGAGAAGUCUCUCUUCACCAAAGACCUGGAAGAUGCCCUGAGGAACGACACGGUGGACUUUGUGGUGCAUUCAUUGAAGGAUCUGCCGACGUCCCUGCCGGAGGGGUUGGCUAUAGGAGCAGUGUUUGAAAGGGAAGAUCCUAGAGAUGCCUUAGUGCUCAGGGAAGACCUGAAAGAGCACACAUUGGAGACCCUGCCAGAAGGCUCCGUCAUUGGCACGUCAUCUCUCCGCCGCACAGCGCAGCUCCGCGGCAAACACCCACAAUUGUGUGUCCGCGACGUUCGCGGCAACCUUAACACUCGUCUACGGAAACUGGACGAAAACGGCGAAUACUCGGCGCUGUUGCUGGCGGCCGCUGGGCUUCAACGGAUGGGGUGGAGUGACCGAAUAUCAAAGAUCCUACCGUGCGCAGAAAUAAAAUACGCAGUAGGGCAGGGCGCGUUAGCUGUGGAGUGUCGCGCCGACAAUGAUGCAAUAUUAUCAUUAUUAGCACCCUUCAACCAUGCCGAGACUUACUGCAGGGUGUUGGCGGAGAGAAGCUUUCUCAAGACACUCGGCGGAGGCUGCAGCGCACCCGUCGGCGUAUCCACAAGACUGAAGCCGUUCGACACACAAUUCAAACUGACCAUAUCCGGAGCAGUAUGGAGCCUCGACGGCGCCACCACCAUAGAACAUUCCCUCGAACAAACCUUCCCACAGAUAAGAAAAACUGUCAAGCACAAACUCAGCCCGGACGAAACCGAAAAAACCGGUAAAAAACUCAAAACUGACGUCAACGUCGACCCUAAUCAUCCUGAAGAAAUAAAUAGAAGGAUAACGGAAAGAGCGGGAAAUUUAAACUGCGAAGACACUCGAAGUUUAGAGGAGAUACUGGCUUUAAAAACGCCUAAGAUUUUUUGUGGUUUAAUAGAAAAUCCGAAUAUGCCUGUAGAUGUUAUAGAGAAAUGUGAUCUUUUGGGUAAGGAUUUGGCUGAAUCUCUUAUUUCUAAAGGCGCCUUAGAAGUUAUGAAGGUAACGCAGGAUCUUAUUAGAAGCUCUACUGUUGUAAAGUCCUGAUUUUUGGUAUUUUAUUUUAUUGUAAAUCGUCUAAUUGGUUUAUCACAUUAUUUACAUUGGUUUUUACUUCAUAGACAAAGGAAUUGUAUGUGAUAUAGAACCUUAUGCACAUGGAUUAAGGUCGCUAUUACACUGCCAGAUUUAUGUCAAUCAUUGACCAUAAAUAGUGUGUAGCGAAAAUAUAUACUAAAGUAAUUUGGACUUAUUUUCUCACGUUACACGCAUCUAGGUAUCUUUGUGUUACACGGUUUGGAAAAACAAGUUUGCAUUUGAUAUGCAAAUAUGUUUAGAUUCGGAGUUUCUGUGUUUACACCUCUAUUACUACAUUGCAAGAUUCAGAGACGGAGUUAGAAAAGCUUUGAGUUUCGAAAUUAGCAUGAUAUAGAUCGUGUUAUUCAAAAAGGCGCGUGGCUUGAUUCGUAUUGCCAUGUUAAUAAAGGUUAGAUUUGACAAAUCUGCGCGUCAUCGUGGAUGACAAGAUCUAUACUAGGAACUCAAGGCGUCGCGAGUUGUUGCUUUCAAAUAUUUAUAUUUAUUAGCUUGUAUAGUUGUUAGCUUUGUAGCUGCCCCCCAACGGCUUAUCCUUUGUCUAUUGUUAACUAAAACCGCGCGUGCCAGUACCUGCAAAAAAGGGUCGUAUAAUUCUAAUUGGCAUCUGAGCGCGGGCUAGUCCAACGCUCAAAAAACCAGUGUAGGUGCGCUCUCCGAUAACGCGCCUUUGUUCCGCAUAUUGAGGACACAUUUUAGACUGGUUGGGUAGCGUUCGACUCGCCGGCACUCAGUAACCGUAUAGGGACCACACAAAUUAUUUUUCCAUUUGUUAAUUUUGAAUCUUAUUUCAGUUACCAUAGGAGUUCUAACUAAAUAAUCGCUUAAAGUUACCCGGCCCUUUUUUACAGGUAAGUGCUUUAGUUAACAAUAGACAAAGGAUAAGCCGUUGGGGGCCAGCUACAAAGCCAACAACUAUACGAAUCAUGUUGGCGGGUGUGUGACAUUUUUGGUUGUGUCAAAUAUUUAACAUUCAUGGAACCAUUGAAAAAUUGUACAUUCUAAUAUAUACUGUUGUACUUUUUAUUAUGAACAAAUAAUGUUUUACUAGUUUAAUUGUAGAUAUACGAGUACUUAUUAUGAUGACAUAUUUUGUUGAAUUUUAUAAUUUUACUUGUUAAAUAUAAUGGUGACUGAUAUGGG